AUGGCAUAUCCAAUAGAUGGUCUAGGCAAUAACGACAUCAAUAAUACAAGUCAAACUAAUAGUAUUAACUCUCCAGCUAGUGAUCCGUGGUUAAGUCUAUCAAACAAUAACAACAACAGCAAUAAUAAUAAUAUGGAUGCAGAACUAGCCUCAAUAGUCUCUUCAUUAAGUGCACUAUCUAAUCCAAGUAAUAACCCUAAUCAAUCUAAUCAAAUGAUAAAUUUAGGAGCAGGAACAUCUUCUUCAAUCGAUCAUCAACUUGGUGGGUUUAGAAGAAAUAGUUUCACUUCUAGUGAUAUCGAUUCAGAUAUCUUGUUGAAUUCAAAUGGUUUGUCUGCUAUGAGUGUUGGUACAGGUGGAUCUACUAGUAAUUUAGAUAUGGGAUCACCUUUAUUGCAAAGAUCUACUCAAUCAAUUGGAACUGCUCCUCCUUAUACUUCGAAUAUGUUUAACAUUAACUAUAAAUUGUUUCAAAAUAAUAACAAUAACCAACAACAGCAACAACAGCAACAGCAACAGCAACAGCAACAGCAACAAUAUUUAUAUCAACAACAACAAAUGCAACAUCCAGAUUCUAAGUCGGUUAGUUUUGCCUUAAAUUCAUCAAAUACUAUGAACAAUCAGAACCAAAUGAAUGCUAAUCCAUCUGCAACUAAUUCUUCCUUUAACCAGCCUAAGAUGAUGGGGAAGUACUCUGCUAGUAUUGCAGGUCCUAUCCUUCAAAACGAUUCUUAUUAUUAUUAUAAUAAUAACAAUAACAAUAAUAAUAACGAGGGUGGAAGUCAAAGUAUUGCUCAUUCACAAGCUUCUGUAACUUCUAACAGAGGUGGGUUUUUCCAACAACUGGGUCAAUCUUUAAUCGAAGGUACUAAAGAAUUAGAGUUUGAUGGGUCUCCAAAUAAUUUGAACAAUCGUGAAAGUACUUUUGGAGGUAGUCAACUAACUUUGGAUAACUCUGUUAGAUCAUCUGAUGUUGAAGAAUACACUGAUUACAACAGCAGUGGUACAGCUGCUAAUGAUAACACCACCAAUAAUAACAACAACAUGUUCCUUAAUGCUGUCAAUGCACCAUCAUUCAAACCAAAUACUGACAACGAUAAUUCUCCUCCACAACAAGCAAUGGUACAAGGAGGUGGUGCUAACUAUUUCAUGAAUUAUCAACAACAUCGCAUGUUUAACAAUGGUUCAUUCUAUCCACCUGCUGCAGCAAUGAACAACUAUCAACAAUUCUCUAUGGGUGAAAACAAUAACCCAGGUAAUUUUAUUCCACAGACGAUGUUUCCAAAUAAUAGUGAUGGCACAGAUAUGAAUUCUGUAAAUAUGGAGAAAGUCCCUGGAUCAACAGAAAAUGUUAUUAUCGGGAACUUCUCACCAAUUUCUCCAAACGCAUUACCUGUAAAUAAUGUAUCGAAUAUUCAACAACAUGACCCUCAAAUGAUGUUUAUGCCACCACAACAACAGAACAAUAGUAAAAAGAAUCCAUAUAUCUAUAUUCAAAACCCAGGUCUGGGAUCUCCACCAGGCGCAAACCCUGCAUCAUUCGCUGUUAAUAACCAAAAGAUCAUUAAUCCUGAUAAUACUAAUAAUAGCCAUGUAAAUAACAAUAAUAAGUCGAAAGCUCUAUUUAAGAACAGUGGCCAUAAUCAAAAUAUGAACUUGGAUAAUAAUUCACAUAAACAUCGCAAGAAUAACAACAAUAGUCAUGCUAAUCCUUAUUUGGAUCAAUCACAAAAUUAUGGAUCUCAAAAUAAAUUUUCCAAACAACCUUCAAAUAGUAAUGCAUCUCCUUUUUCCUCCAAGGAUUCUUCAAAUUCCAACACUUCAGUAAGUUCAAAUCCAGAGGAGAAUGAACUUUCUCAUGAAAGUGGCAGGAAGAAAAAUAAUAACAAUAAUAAUAGCUCUGCUACCGCCAAUCAAGCCAUAUACCAUAGAUCACCUUUACUAGAGGAUAUCAGAAACUAUGCAACAAACAACAAUAAUCCUACAGAUGACGGCAAGACUUAUUCAUUAAAGGAUAUUUUAGGUCACACUUUGGAAUUCUGUAAAGAUCAGUAUGGUUCUAGGUUUAUACAGAAAGAACUUGCAACAGCUUCUCCAUCUGAAAGGGAAGUUCUAUUUAAUGAAAUUAGAGAUGAUUCUGUAAUGUUAGCCAAUGAUGUCUUCGGUAAUUAUGUUAUUCAGAAAUUCUUUGAAUUUGGAUCCACCACUCAAAAGGAUAUUCUCGUCGAUCAAUUCAGAGGUAGAAUGAAAGAAUUAUCCAUGCAAAUGUACGCUUGCAGAGUGAUUCAAAAGGCUCUAGAAUUUAUUAGCCCAACCCAAAGAAUUGAAUUAGUUGAUGAGUUGAAAGAUUGUGUUUUGAAGAUGAUUAAGGACCAGAAUGGUAAUCACGUUAUUCAAAAAGCUAUUGAGAAAAUACCUAUUGAUCUACUGCCAUUUGUCUUGAAGUCAUUAAUUGGCCAUAUUUACCAUCUAUCAACACAUUCUUACGGCUGUAGAGUCAUCCAAAGAUUACUUGAAUUUGGCUCAGAAGAGGACCAAAAGGCUAUACUAAGUGAAUUAAAAGAUUUUAUUCCUUACUUGAUUCAAGAUCAAUACGGUAAUUAUGUUAUUCAGUACAUUUUACAACAUGGCUCAGAUAAUGAUUCUACAGAAUGUUUAAUACAAACGAAACAAGAUGUGAUUAAUAUUAUUUCUGAAAAUGUUGUGGAAUUUUCAAAACAUAAGUUCGCAUCUAAUGUUGUCGAAAAAGCGGUAUUAUAUGGUACUAAGAGUCAAAAGAGUGUAAUAAUCUCAAAAAUUUUACCAAAGGAUAAAGAUCAUGCUAUGAAUUUAGAAGAAAACGCUCCAAUGAUCUUAAUGAUGCGUGAUCAAUUUGCCAACUACGUUGUUCAAAAAUUGGUUACUGUGACAGAUGGUGAAGGUAAGAAAUUGAUCGUUAUCGCUAUUAGAGCUUAUUUGGAUAAACUGAACAAAUCUAAUUCUUUAGGUAAUAGACAUCUGGCAAGUGUAGAAAAGUUAGCCACCUUGGUGGAGUCUGUGGAGAUUUAG